AUGGAAUAUCGACGUGCUUCUUUCAGUAGUAUUCGAUAAUAGAGCUCUACGCUUUAGAGGCGCCAAGGCGAUGGAGUUCCAGCAGAAGCUGUUGCGUGUGCAGCAGGCCCUGAGCAGAGCAGAAGUCCAGGCCUUGUCUUUCCUCUGUGUGGACCUCCUGCACAGGGACCUCAGCUCACUGUCCAGUGCCAGCGAGCUCUUCUCUCUGCUCAUGACACAAGAUUUCUUAAGCUCAGAAAACCCCUCACUACUGACAGAGCUGCUCCAGAUUAUUCAGCGCUACAGCCUGAUCCGGGACCUGGGACUUGGUACCCAGGUGCCGCACGGAGAGGGUUGCAUUUCUGCGUACAGAAAACUGUUGUUUGAAGUGUCAGAGAACAUUACACAGGACGAGCUGAAGAGUGUCAAGUUUCUACUGCAGAAGAAGCUGCCUCGCAGGAAACUGGAGGAGGAAGCGACGAUGCUCCAAGUGCUCUUGGAGAUGGAGAAGGAGGCCUGUUUGGAUGCCAGUAACUUAGACCUUCUGGAGAGGAUCAUCGGUGAUAUCAAUCCAAAUUUGAAAAGAAAGAUUAGCCAGUUCAAAACAAAUGCGCAUAUCAUAGCCCAGGAGACUGGCGCAAAGCCCGAGUGGAGCUCACGAUGGCCUUCGGACACCUCAGAAACACACCGGGUUUCCUCCCUGCCUCCCAGCACAGGAGCUGUCUCUGCUUCACACAGUGAACAGGGUCAGGAGGUCUCUUCUCCAUAUGUGGAACCUCAGAGGGACCACAGUGGCAGGCCUUUCCAGACAAGGCCCAGGCUGAUUUCUAGAUCUGUUCGAAGCCACAGAGUGAAAAUUCAUGAGCUGCUUGAAACUGGAAAAGUGAACAUGGCUGUCUCUGCAGCAAGCCCAACAAAGACACUUGAAAAUUACGAGAUGAAAGGUGAUAAGAGAGGUUUAUGCUUGAUAAUCAACAACCACGACUUCUCCAAAUGUAAAAACCUGAGAACCAGAGAAGGAACCCAUGUGGAUGAGAAGCGUUUAAAGGAGGUGUUUACCUGGCUGGGGUUUGAGGUGCAGGUGGAGCGAGACUGCAGUCGACAGCGUAUUCUGUCUCUGGUGGAGGGGGUGCGGCGCAGAGACCACAUGCAGGCGGACUGCCUGGCGCUCUGCGUGCUGAGUCAUGGGAAGGAGCGGGCAGUGUACGGGGUGGAUGAGGCUGAGGUGGAUCUGAGGGAGCUGACCAAGCCCCUGUCCGGCCACAACUGUCCGUCCCUGCUGGAGAAGCCAAAGCUCUUCUUCAUACAAGCGUGCCAAGGCACUGCGGAACAACAGGUGGUUUUCAUCCGGGCCGACGCCCGAGGUUCUGAUUCGGGUUCAGAGACGACGACCGUCAGCGACGCUGUGGUUCCGAAGGCGUCCAUCCCAGACGACGCCGACUUCCUGCUCAGCAUGGCAACUGUGCCCAAUUUUGUGUCUUUCAGAGACAGGAAGUCAGGAACGUGGUUCAUUCAAUCACUCUGCGACAAACUGGAGCAGUUUGUACCCAUGGAAUGUGAUCUGAUCUCCAUUUUAACUGCAGUAAACAACGAUGUGAGCAGAAAGACAGACUCAUCCGGAGUGAAAAAGCAAAUGCCCCAGCCCGAGUUCACUCUGCGCAAGAAGGUCGUCUUUCCCGUUCCCAAAACACCGCCUCCAAAGGCCUUCCACCCAGCCUCAGUCUGAUCGUAAAAGUCAUCAGAAAGUAGCAUUUACAAAACAUUCAUGCCUGACAACGGCACAACA